AAACUCAUCCCCCCUCCACCCUCUCUCUCUCUCUCUCUCUCUCUGUCUCUCUCUGCGAAGUUGCAAAGACAGAAACCCUAGGAAGGAUUUCGUAGCUUGCAUGACGGAGGAGAAGGCGAGCUCGUCCGACGAGGGCGCAGGCCGAGCGUCUGUUGAUCUCGGAGUUCCCGUGGCGGAGGAGAAGGCGACCUCAGACGGCGGGGACUUGGGAAGAACGGCAGUCGAUCUUGAAGCUUCCAUGUCAGACGAGAAGGCGAGCUCUGCCGGCGAGAAGGCCGGAAGGGAAGCGGGCGGUACGUCGACCCUGCCAUCCUCCGACGCGGAGGAGCAUCUGCCCGCCGAUCGCGGCGCCGGUCCUGCGGCUGCAGCGGAGGGCGGUGCCCCCGACGCCGCGCCACCAACGCCGAACACCGGCGGCCGGUCUUUCUCGCAGCUCUUGGCUGGCGCCAUGGCCUCGCCGACGGGGAGCCCCCACCCGGCGCCGAUCGUGACCGUCCCUGUGGUUGCCGUUCCGUGCUUCUUGACUCCGGCCGCGUUGAUCGAGUCGCAGGGGUUCGCGGGGCAGUUCGCGAUGACUCAUCAAGCAGUAUUGGCAACUGUCACAGCCCAAGCACAGAUGCAACUGCAAGCUGUAUGCUCUUCUUCUUCACCAAAACCAAUCGCAGAUUCGUUUCCACAGCCUAUGCUAUCUACAGCCAGCCCCAUACCAUUGCAACAAAUGCCACCUCCAACACCUGAGUUAAAUAAAACUUCAGGUGAUGUUUAUAACUGGCGGAAAUAUGGGCAGAAGCAAGUGAAGAGCAGCGAGAAUGCACGAAGCUACUAUAGAUGCACAGAUUCCAAUUGUUCAGCUAAGAAAAAAGUUGAACGUUGUCCUGAUGGCACAAUUAUUGAAGUAAUCUACAGAGGUAAACACAACCACGAUCCACCUCACAAGCAUAGGUACACAAAGGAUAGAGGAUCUCAGUCUGGUGGACCCCCUUUAGAGAAUGAUGGUUUAGAACAUCCGAGCAUCGGACAUAAAGAAUCAGAUCCUUCAUCAUGUAAGACUGAACAGAAAUCUAGCAAUGAAACUCCUAAACAACAGCUGUAUUGCUCAAGUGAUUGUUUGUUGGACGUUGGGACCAAGAGUGAAGAGGAUAUAGUUGAUGAACCAGAUCCGAAGCGAAGGCUUUGUGAAAACUCAAAAAGUUCUUCAGCACCAGUUCUUAAAACAAUUAGGGAAUAUAUCGUACAGACUGAAAUUGAUGCAAGACAUUUGACUGAUGGUUAUAGAUGGCGCAAAUAUGGACAAAAAUUUGUCAAGGGAAAUCGUAAUCCAAGGAGCUACUAUAGAUGCACCCAUAGUGGGUGCCCUGUUCGUAAGCAUGUUGAGAGAGUACCACAUGAUGCAAAAGCUCUUCUUAUCACAUAUGAGGGCGAGCACAAUCAUGAACAGCCAUCCUCAAAAUAUGCUAGUGAAACACUGUCUACCACUGCUAAAAGUAACAUUGCAGCAGGGGUGGCUAGUGAACAGCUUGGUAUCUCAGGUGUGCAGUCAGUCAAAAAAUUGUCAGACAAAUCACAUCCAAAUAACGUAUUAAAGAAAGUAGUUAGUGAUCCGGAAUUGGAACUCGGAGGUGAUCGAGCACUAGAAUCUGCUCAAACUCUUCUAAGCAUUGGAUGCAGCCCAACUUCUGCGGAGGGCACUGCCGCAAGUAACUCCGAGUGCAUGAAGAGUCCCAUUUUCAAGGAAAAUCCAGCUGUAGUGUCGGUGCAGAACACUUAAACAGGUUUAUAGCAAUUUUGGUGUAUGUUGUUGCUUAUUUACUUGUACUAGGAGCGUGCAUUAUUGUAGUAUGUGCUUCUGUAUAGUCUCGAGUGGCUUCACCGAAAGAAUCAUCUUAGUAACCCCCAUUAACCUGGGGAAAGAAGAAGAUACUGACUUCAGCUGUAGGACAUGAUUUUGUCGAUGCUCAGUCAAAGAGUCUGUCUCCCAA